UCGAGCUAGUUAGCAAGGUAGGCCAGGUGGCUAUAGCUAACUAGCUGGAAGCGGCAUUAGAGCUAGCAGCAGCUCCACAAUGCUGGGAGCUUGCUCCUCUAUGUCUCUGCUACUUGUCGCAAUAGCGUUCCUAUACCUCGCCCAUAGGUUAACGCCCAAGAGAAAGAUCUGUGGUGGCACAUGCUCGUUGGCGGCGGCGCCGCUUCCGCCAGGGCCGUCACCGUGGCCAGUCGUCGGCAACCUGCCCGAGAUGAUGCUCCACAAGCCAGCGUUCCGAUGGAUCCAUCUAGUGAUGAAAGAGAUGGGCACCAACAUCGCCUGCUUCCGCCUCGGCGGCAUCCACGUCAUCCCGAUCACCUGCCCCGAGAUCGCGAGGGAGGUGCUCACGAGGCAGGACGCCAACUUCGUGUCCCGCCCGCUCAGCUUCGCCUCCGGAGCCAUCAGCUACGGGUACAAGGACGCCGUGCUCUCGCCGUUCGGUGACCAAUGGAAAAAGAUGCGCCGGGUGUUCACCUCCGAGAUCGUCUGCCCUUCCCGUCACAAGUGGUUCCACGACAAGCGCGCCGACGAGGCCGACAACUUCGCACGCUACGUGUACGCCCUCACUUCGUCGUCAACCUCGGGCGCUAACGUGGACGUCAGGCACGUCUCACGGCAUUACUGCGGCAACGUCAUCCGCCGCCUUGUCUUCGGCAAGCGGUACUUCGGCGAGCCCCAGCCCGACUGCGGGCCGGGGCAGCUCGAGGUGGAGCACGUAGACGCCACCUUCACCUCCCUGGGGCUCCUCUUCUCUUUCUGUGUCAGCGACUACCUACCGUGGCUGCUUGGCCUUGACCUCGACGGCCACGAGAAGAAGGUCAAGCAGGCCAACGCGACCAUGAGUAGACUGCACGACACAGUCAUCGACGAGCGGUGGAGGCAGCGGAAGGGCGGCGAGAGGCGGGAGGAGCUCCAGGACCAGGAUUUCCUCGACGUUCUCAUCACCCUGAACGACGGGGAUGGCAACCCGUUGCUUACCAUCGAGGAGGUCAAAGCAGUGUGCAAGGACAUAACAUUAGCGGCAGUUGACAACCCGUCCAACGCAGUGGAGUGGGCAUUGGCGGAGAUGGUGAACAACCCGGAGUUACUGAACAAGGCUAUGGAGGAGAUCGACCGGGUGGUGGGUCGGGAGCGGCUGCUGCAAGAGUCGGACAUCCCACAACUUACCUACGCUAAGGCGUGCAUACGUGAGGCAUUUCGGCUGCAUCCAGUCGCUUCCUUUAACUUGCCGCAUGUAGCGACCACUGACACCACUGUCAUCGGCUACCGUGUGCCCAAGGGCAGCCAUGUCAUCCUCAGUCGGACUGGCCUGGGCCGGAACCCGACCAUUUGGGACGAGCCGCUCCGGUUCAAGCCAGAGCGGCACAUGGGAGACGACAUAGAUGUGACGCUCACAGAGAGUAAAUUGCGGUUCAUCUCCUUCAGCACCGGCCGUCGUGGCUGUAUGGCGGCAUCGCUAGGGACGGCCAUGAGUGUUAUGCUCUUUGGGAGGCUCCUACAGGGCUUCACAUGGACCAAACCGGCAGGGGUGUCUGUCAUCCAUCUUAGUGAGUCCAAGCACAACCUCUUCAUGGCAAAGCCGCUAGUGUUGCACGCCGAGCCACGUCUUCCAAUGCACCUAUACCCUCCACGGGUCUAUUAAACAAGUAAUGAGUGAGCUCAACCAAUCACCGCAUGCAAUGCAUCUGCUUGAUAUGGACCGUUCAUUUGUUUGAAAAUAUAUUU